AUGGGCACCUUUGCCAAACUCGGCCACAUCAUCGCGCCCAAGAGCAGCCAGUCACCCGACGGCCGCGACCAAUGGCCCUCGCGCGCCGCCUUCCUCCUCGCCUCCAUGGGUGGCUGCGCCGGCAUGGGAAACCUGCUGCGCUAUCCCAGCCAGACCUUCAACAACCACGGCCUACAGUGGUUCAUCCCGUACUUGAUGUGCGUCUUCCUCAUCGCCAUUCCCGUCCUCGUUCUCGAAAUCGCCAUCGGCCAGGCCUAUCGCGGAGGCUGCGUCGUCGCCUACAACAACAUCAACCACCGUCUCAAGGGCACGGGGCUCUCGCUCAUCUUUGUCGGAACCGUCGUUAGUCCGUAUUUCGUGGUCAACUUGGCCUGGAUCAUGAAAUACUUUCGCCAUUCCUUUCAGAGCCCCCUUCCAUGGACGGGCCGCAGCGACGAGUUUUAUAUGCAGGAUGUCGUGGCCAAUGUCGACCCGAUUCCAGGCGCCUUUUCCGCUGACGGAUCAUCCGUCACACAGUACGUCCAGUACCCUGGCGUGGCUGUCAUUGGCGAGACCGUUGGCUGGGCCAUUUUCACCUGGUUUCUAGUUUGGGUUUCCAUUUUUCGCGGUGUCGGCUUGACGGGCCGCGUCGUCUACUUCACAAUGGGUCUUCCAAUCGUCGUCACUUUUAUCCUCAUCGGCCGUUCUCUCUCGCUCGACAAUGCCGCACGCGGUGUUCGAUACUUUUAUGCUACCUGGAACGGCAGCCAGCUGGCCAAAGGCACCAUCUGGCAGACGGCAUGCGGCCAGGUCUUCUUCUCAACCGGCGUUGGUUUCGGCUAUUUCACGUCCUACGCAUCCUACAACCAAAAGUACUCCAACGCCGUCAUGGAUUCCAUCAUGAUUGUUAGCAGCAACGUCUUGUUUGAAAAUGUCGCGGCCUUUAUCGUCUAUGGCGUAAUAGGCUUCCUCGGUAUCGUACCUGGUGGAGGAGAGCGACUCGGCAGUUUCGUUGUGGGCUUCAUUACGCUGCCCACAGCCGUCACGCAGAUGCCCGGUGCCAACUUUUGGGCCGUCAUGCUCUUCUUCACUCUCAUGGUUCUUGGAUAUAGCUCAGCGUUUGCCAUGGUCGAUGCUAUCGUCACCUUGAUCAUGGAUGCGCACCCGCGUUUCAACCGGGCUUGGGUAGUCACUGCCGUCGUCAUUACAUUCUUUUGCCUGACCCUGCCGUACUGCACCGAGUUUGGGUUCUAUUUGCUCGACGGCGUGGAUCGAUGGAUCAACGACGUGGGCCUAGUAUUUGUCGUCUGGGCUGAAUGCGUCACAUCAACCACCUUGUAUCGUUGGCGAGACGUUGUCGGCCAAGUCGGCCUGCCGGCUUUCCUGACCUUCAAUGGAGGCUUCUUCGGAGGCAUGGUGCUUGGCGUUACCAUUGCCCAGGCUGUGUCUCCGGUCGCUGGUGCAGGUGUAGGUUUUGGGAUUUUCCUCGCGGGUCUGGUUGGAGCGGUGCUGCUGGGAAAGACGCCAGAUGCAGCAGCUCCAAAGUUGUGGAACAAGAGCGUCGUGAGCUCGCGCAUCUGGUUUAUUGCGUUUUACUCGGGGAUGCAGGGCAAUCAGCUUCGUCGGGAUUUGAACGAGAUUGUCGGGCAAGGUAGAAACUGGAAGAUUCCCGCAUUCUGGGCACCGCUGGUUCGCUACAUUGCAGCGCCGACAUUGUCGAUUGUGUACAGCUUCUCAUACCCGUCCUUCUAUGAGCUGCGAAACGAUCCGCUUCAUAUAUUCGGGUUUGCAGUUGGUCACAUUGCUCUAGUACUCAUCGGCGCCGGUUUCAUUGCGCCGCGCUGGUUCGACAUGUUGAUUCCACCGCCGCGACGUAACGAGGGUCAUCAUGACUUUGGAGCCAAUGCUUUGGUCCCUGCUGACGAUGUAGCAUCGACUAGCAGUGUGGAAGCUGGAAAUAGCAGCGAUCAAGAAGCGAAGAAGCGCAGUGUCUAG